GCCAGCCCCCCUUUCACCUCAUCACCCUACACCCCCUCCCCCUCUCUAUCUUCUUUCUCACAUGGAGUUGGCAGACCUAGUUUUCCUCCUCUCAGCAUUUCUCUUCCUCUCAUUAUGGUGGCGACACUGGUCGGCCACCGGCGGAGGUUCCAAGAACCUUCCGCCGGGCCCACCAGGAUGGCCACUCGUCGGGAACCUGGGCCAGGUCGUCCUCCAACGCCGGCCCUUCAUGUUCAUAGUCCGCGACUUGCGGGCCAAGUACGGCCCGAUCUUCACCAUGCAAAUGGGACAGCGGACCCUCGUCGUCGUGACCAGCUCCGAGCUCAUCCACGAGGCCCUGGUCGAGAAAGGACCCGUCUUCGCAAGCCGCCCACCCGACUCCCCCAUCCGGCUCGUCUUCAGCGUCGGGAAGUGCGCCAUCAACUCGGCGGAGUACGGCCCGCUCUGGCGGGCCCUCCGCCGGAACUUCGUGACCGAGCUGAUCAACCCCACCCGGAUCCGGCAGUGCGGCUGGAUCCGGAAGUGGGCCAUAGAGAGCCACCUGGGCAGGCUCCGAGAGGAGUCCCGCAAUAAGGGAGUCGUCGAGGUGAUGAGCAACUGCAGGCUGACCAUAUGCAGCGUGCUGAUAUGCCUGUGUUUCGGAGCGAAGAUAUCGGAGGAGAAGAUCAAGGUGAUCGAGGGGGUGCUAAAAGAGGUGAUGCUUGUUACGCUGCCGAAGCUGCCGGAUUUCUUGCCGGUGCUGAUGCCGCUGUUCGGGAAGAAGAUGAGGGAGGCGAAGGAGCUGAGGAAGAGGCAGAUGGAGUGCUUGGUUCCUUUGAUAAGGAGCAGGAAAGUGUUUGUCCAGAGCGGGGGAAACCCCGGCAGCGGAUGUUCGGAGAUGGUGAGUCCCUUAGGCGCAGCUUAUAUCGAUUCACUAUUUGACCUAAAAGCACCUGGUCGAGACCAUUUGGGAGAGGAAGAGCUGGCGACUCUGUGCUCGGAAGCCAUCAACGCCGGUACCGACACAAGCGCGACCACCGUGGAAUGGGCGUUGCUUCACUUGGUUUUGAACCAAGAAAUGCAGGAGAGGCUGUACAAGGAAAUAGUUGCCUGUGUGGGAAAAACCGGUACAGUCACGGAGGAAGAUGUCGAAAAAAUGCCCUACUUGGGCGCGGUGGUGAAGGAGACAUUCCGUCGCCACCCUCCCAGUCACUUCGUCUUGUCCCAUGCCGCCACAAAGGAGACAGAGCUCGGCGGGUACACCAUACCCGCCGAUGUCAACGUGGAGUUCUACACCGCAUGGGUCACCGAGGACCCGAGCAUGUGGACCAACCCUAGCGAGUUCCUACCCGAUCGGUUCUUGACAGGCGACGGGGUGGAUGUGGACGUGACCGGGACAAGGGGAGUGAAGAUGGCCCCGUUCGGAGUCGGGCGGCGGAUCUGCCCGGCUAUGACUCUUGGUACGCUGCAUGUCAAUCUGUUGCUUGCCAGGAUGGUGCAUGCCUUCAAGUGGCUACCGGUACCGGGCGCCCCGCCGGACCCGACCGAGGCCUUUGCUUUCACUGUUGUGAUGAAGAACCCUCUCAAAGCAAUUAUUUUGCCUAGGUGAACAAAAUUGAAGGUUGGAAUAGUAAUUGCAGUUCUUGACUAUAUAUAUUGUGCCAUUUCCAAAGGGACUAUUAUUUCAGUGUGGUGUGGAAUGUUUUAUGGUUUUAAUUUUUUUUUUUAAAUCAUUUUUUAUGGUUUUGGUUUGUAUCCAAUGAAACUGUUUAGUAGUCUACGUACUCAUGUGAUGUGAUCGAUUUUUAUAUAUUUCUGCCAAUUUAUUGUUUUGGUAUUUUUUAA